GCUUCCUCGGCGCUCCCGGGGAAUCGGACGCCCGAUUCGCGACGAUUCUUCUUGAAUUCCAGGCCGAGCCGAGCCGUCGGCAGCCAUGGUCAAUACCAGCAACAACGCUGUCGGGGUCGACAACACUUUCCGGCGGAAGUUCGAUCGCGAGGAGUACUUGGAACGAGCCCGGGAACGCGAAAAGGAGGAGGCGGACCCGCGGCAUAAAUCAAAAUCGAAAGGUCCGCCUGUGCAAAGGAAGCCGUUGAAGCAUCGGGAUUAUGAAGUGGACCUUGAAUCUCGCCUAGGAAAGACUCAGGUGGUCACUCCAAUAGCACCUCUAAGCCAGCAGGCUGGGUACUACUGUUCAGUAUGUGAGUGCGUGGUGAAGGACUCAGCAAAUUACUUGGAUCAUAUAAAUGGAAAGAAACAUCAAAGGGCCUUGGGUAUGUCUAUGCGGGUAGAACGAGCAUCUCUUGAACAGGUCCAAGGACGUUUUGAACAACUUAAGAAGAGGAAGCCUCCUGGUACCUUUACAGAGCAAGAUCUUGACGAGCGAAUAUUAAAACAACAGGAGGAAGAGGAGGAACGAAAGCGCCAAAAAAGAGAAAAGAAGAAAGAGAAGAAGAAGGAGAAGGCGCAAGAAGAGGAACCCGAAAUGGAUCCUGAGGUUGCAGCUAUGAUGGGAUUUGGGGGUUUUGGCUCAUCCAAAAAGUGAGCAGUUAUCACCAUACCUUCCUAUCAUUGGUGAUAUCCCCAUGUUUAUCUGAUUUUCAAGGUGUAACAUCAUCUUGAUCCACAGUGAUCCUUCGCGAAGGUGUCAUUAUUUGUGUAUUUGGUUUGUAUCAGUGAGUAGCACAAGAUGAUUUUCAAGGUCAUCUCAAAUUUGCAGCUGAUUUAUGUGGUGUCUUUUCAUCUUUAUUUAGGUGACGUGGGAGCUAACUUAAUUUAGAUCGCUAUUCUAUCAUCAAGUUGUAUCUGUAGGAAUUUGAAUGUUGCAAAGCAACUUUCUGACUUAAACUCCAACUGGAACUUGAAGGGGAAAGCCUUAUGACU